AUGCCGCACUCAGUAUCACCUACUGAUUCAGCCAGUCGAAAGGAUGAAGAGGAGCUUCCGGACGCCCCCGUUGACACGGCCGCCGAGAAUGGUGGGGUAAAGUUGGAGGAUAUGUUCGAUGACGAUGAGGAGUUCCCGGCCUCCAGUGCACCGCAGGAUGUGAAGAUGGAGUCUUCUCCAGCUUCGACCAGCUCUUGCGACAGUAUCCCUGCCCCUGGUCCCUCGGGCGUCGACACUGAUAUCAUGCUCGCAUUCUACCAACGUCUUUUCCCCUUUCGAUACCUUUUCCAGUGGCUCAAUCAUGGAAUCGUUCCCACACGAGACUUUGGUAACCGCGAGUUUGCCUUGACUUUGCAGAACGACGCCUACCUGCGAUACCAGUCCUACCCCACGGCAGACCUUUUCCGGAAAGAUAUUCUUAAGAUGAAUCCUUCUCGUUUCGAAAUCGGUCCCGUAUACAGCACCAACCCUCGUGACCGCAAAACCCUUCGUGGAGGCCAGAUGAAGCCAGUCUCGAAAGAGUUGGUUUUCGAUAUAGAUAUGACAGAUUACGACGAUAUCCGAACAUGCUGUCAGAAAGCAAAUAUCUGCCACAAAUGCUGGGCAUUUGUGACUAUGGCUAUUAAGGUAAUCGACGCUGCACUGCGGGAAGACUUCGGUUUCGAGCAUAUCCUCUGGGUUUACUCGGGUCGUCGUGGUGCGCACGCUUGGGUGUGUGACCCCCGCGCACGCAAUUUGCCAGACGAUCGUCGAAGGGCAAUUGCGGGGUAUCUUGAGAUUCUGAAAGGUGGAUCACAAAGUGGAAAAAGAAUCAACCUCAAGCGUCCUUUGCAUCCUCACAUCAAUCGCAGCCUUGACAUUCUCAAAACCCACUUCGCCCAGACAACUUUAGUGGAUCAAGACACCUUUGCCAGCUCUGAACAAGUCGAGAGGCUUUUAGCAUUGCUUCCAGAUAAGUCUCUCAAUGACUCGUUGAAAAGGAAAUGGGACUCGUCCCCGGAUCGUCCGAGUACCAGCAAGUGGGCAGAUAUCGAUGCCCUUGCCAAAACAGGCAAAAGCAGCACUCUGAAUACCGCCACCCUUCGAGAUGCGAAACAAGAUAUUGUUCUGGAGUAUACAUAUCCGCGUCUCGAUGCGGAGGUCAGUAAGAAAAUGAUUCACUUGCUGAAAAGCCCCUUUGUGAUCCACCCUGGCACUGGUCGGGUUUGUGUUCCCAUCGAUCCUUCCAAAGCUGAGGAUUUUGACCCUCUAUCUGUUCCCACGGUCAUGAAUCUUUUGGCCGAAAUCGACGCAUACGACGCGAAAAAUCCUGCCGCUACUGCUGAUUCAGAGAUGCCCGACGUGGAGGGUAGUGCGAUGAAUGGUUCUGAUAUCAAAGGUAGCCGCAAACUUCAAGACUACGAAAAGACAAGCCUGAAACCAUACAUCGACUUCUUCCGCUCUUUCAUUGCAGGAUUGCUCAAGGAAGAACGAGCCGGCAAGCGAGAGCGCGAAGAGACUGCUCCUCCGAUCAAGACCGAUCCGAUGGAAUUUUAA